AUGUAUCACAGUAAAACAACUGUUGCCACUAAAGAAAAAAUCCGUAAAGACAUGAAUGAAGCGAAUGGUAGUAUAAAAGUGUUAAUAUGCACAAAUGCAGCAGGGAUGGGAGUGAAUUUCCAAAACUUAAGGGAUGGCAGGGAUGGAUCCCCAUCAAAUGAACUGAUUAUCUACAAGGCAAAUCAAUUACAAAAGGUGGAUGAUGAUGUGAUUGAGCUUCUUAAAAGUACUAGUACCUGUAGGCGAAAAAUGCUAAAUGAAGCUUACAUGAAGAAACACACAAGAGAUUGUGAUCACCUCUGUUGUGACAUCUGUGAAUUAAUGUGCAAAUGUCAAAGUGAUGGUUGUCUGUCAAAGCAUUCUGCAAAGGAAACAUUUUUGAAUUUGAGAGAUGAAGAUAAUGAACUAGACAUGAGAAGAGAAAUAGGAGGAGAAGAGAAAGCCAUUGUUCAACAAAGACUUCAGUCAUUGAAGGACAACAUAUUUGAAGGAACCAAAUCUUUCAUUCACAGUGACAUUGUUUCCAGCAAGAUAAUCCCAAUAAUUACAGAAAUAUUCAAUGACAAUGAAAUGUAUGCAUUAGAGGAGAUUAACUCUGAUUAA